UUUCUCAUGGCGAAGGAACGGGAAGUUCUUCAACAUUGGGAAAGAUCCCAGGGUGACGAUGCGGAAACGCUCGGGGACGCUGGAGAUCGGUUUCCGUAGCGGCGGGCGACCGGAGGACUAUGAGGGGGAGUACCAGUGUUUCUCCAGCAACGACCUGGGAGUGGCUCUGUCCAACAAGAUCCUGCUGCGCGUCUCCAAGGCUCCUCUGUGGCCUAAAGAGGUGCUGGAGCCCGUGGUGGUGACUGAAGGCACCCCGCUGGUUCUACCCUGCAACCCCCCACCAGGCCUGCCUCCUCCGUUCACCUUCUGGAUGAACAGCG